AUGUUAAAAAUUCUAAUUCCCACUCUUAUGCUUAUUCCCACUACUUGAACAACUACCCCCAAAUGACUUUGACCAACCACUCUCGGUCACAGUCUACUAAUUGCUUUUUUUAGCCUAUUAUGGCUUACCAACAUAACAGAGACCGGCUGGGCUACUCUUAACUCCCUCAUAGCUACAGAUUCUCUAUCUACCCCUCUCUUAGUAUUAACCUGUUGACUACUCCCCCUUAUAAUUCUAGCAAGUCAAAACCACACAGCAUCUGAACCCCUAAAUCGACAACGUAUCUAUAUUACCCUUCUGACCUCCCUACAAAUUUUUCUCAUUCUAGCUUUCGGGGCCACCGAAAUUAUUAUAUUUUAUAUUAUAUUUGAAGCUACCUUAAUCCCCACCCUAAUCCUAAUUACUCGCUGAGGCAGCCAAGCUGAACGCUUAAAUGCAGGAGUCUAUUUUCUUUUUUAUACUCUAGCCGGAUCAUUACCCCUCCUUAUUGCCCUCCUACUCCUUCAAAAUAACACAGGUACUUUGUCACUUCUAACUAUUCAAUACACCAACCCGAUAGAACUAACAUCUUACGCCCAUAAAUUAUGAUGGGCUGGCUGUCUCAUAGCCUUUCUAGUAAAAAUACCACUAUACGGCGUCCAUCUCUGACUUCCAAAAGCACACGUCGAAGCACCCAUUGCAGGUUCUAUAAUCCUAGCUGCUGUACUCCUCAAAUUAGGAGGUUACGGAAUAAUACGAAUAAUUGUCAUACUUGAACCACUUACUAAAGAAUUAAGCUACCCCUUUAUUGUCUUUGCCCUAUGAGGUGUAAUCAUAACAGGGUCUAUCUGUUUACGUCAAACAGAUUUAAAAUCUCUUAUUGCCUACUCCUCCGUAAGUCACAUAGGCCUAGUUGUAGCUGGCAUUCUUACCCAAACCCCCUGAGGAUUUACCGGGGCCCUAAUUCUUAUAAUCGCCCAUGGGCUAGCAUCUUCAAUACUUUUCUGUCUUGCUAAUACAAACUAUGAACGCACCCAUAGUCGAACCAUACUAUUAGCUCGAGGCUUACAAAUAGUCCUACCUUUAAUAGUAACCUGAUGAUUCAUUGCCAGCCUUGCUAAUUUAGCACUCCCCCCUCUCCCAAAUCUUAUAGGAGAACUAAUAAUCAUUACCUCCCUAUUCAACUGAUCUUGAUGAACCAUCAUCUUAACAGGCACAGGUACCCUUAUCACAGCAGGCUAUUCCUUAUACAUAUUCCUUAUAACACAACGAGGCCCUUUACCAGCACACAUCAUUGCCCUAACCCCCUCUUACACACGAGAACACUUACUUAUGGCCCUUCACAUUCUUCCACUACUCUUACUAAUCCUAAAACCUGAACUAGUUUGAGGAUGAACCUCAU